AUGAACGCAACUAAUGGAAGAGGGUAUACUUUCCCUUUCUUCAUAAACUCGAUAUCACCUUCACAAGCUUUUUCAACGUGGCACCCCGUAGAUUCUACUACUUCUUAUUAUUCUCCGGCAAUGGAUAUGCAUCCAAAGGAUAUGCCGGAAACGGCUUUUGUGAUCGCUUUUUGCGUAAAGUUUCGAAGCGCAAUCAAUAAUAUCUCAUUCUGGCCAGAGGACUUAGACGAAGCAAUUUGUUGCAAGGAAGGUCCUAAUACCCUCAUAGAAUCAUUACUCAAAGCGUUUGUUCAGAAUCUUGAUCCAAGGAGAGCAAAAAUCCCAUGGGUCAAAAGGCUUGCUAAAAUUAUAAAUGAUUGGCAAGCCCGAGGCUAUGAUACAUUCUUCGAUUAUAAUCCAAUAGAGCGAUCAAAUUAUGACUAUUACAAAAUGAGUAAUCGAGAAAAAGUAUUAUUAAUGCAAGUCCUUGUGAGCUGGCAGCUUGCAGAUUCAGCUGUAAUAAAGAGAAUCAGGAAGGAACACAAAGAGAUAGUAAAUGAUGACGAUUUUAGGCCUUUGGAAGUUGAAGUCAUAGGCGAAGACACAAGUGGGUCUCGAUAUUAUUAUAUGGGAACCGGAACCAGAAUUUACCGGGAAUCAAUGAUAUCAGGGCGCGUAAAAUGGGAGACUUUGUCUAACACAGUUGAUGAAUUAAAAAAAUUCAUUUUCGAUUACCAGGGUCUUGAUCCGAACAGAUCGGAACGAGAACGAAUUUUAUAUCAUAGACUUAUUAAUGACGUACUACCGCUGCUUGAGCCCUUGGAAAUUGAACGACAAAAAUUCAAAGAAAUAGUCAUAAAUAAUAGUAAAGCGGAUCGUGAUCGAGAAUUCCGCUUAAAGAAAAUAGAAAAAGAUCAUAAUGACUCCGAAAUACUUCUCGUGAGAACCCGUUCUCAGGCCAAACAAUCCACACAUAACGAAGUGAAAAACACGACGGGUUACCUUGAGAUAAUUAAUAAGCCAUUUGACCCUUUCAUCAACUCUAACAUUUUUAUUUGUCCGAAAUUCCGAUUCUUGGAAAAUGUCGUGGAUGAUGUCAUGGAUUAUACUUCAAGCUGUAACGUACAAGCGGAGAGAAAUAUUUUCGAGAAAAACAGCAUAGAUUCUAGAAUAAACGGAACAAAGGAUGAAGGAGACGUUAUCGUCGUAAAAACCAUCAAUGGAGACACGGGCACCUCUGCGAGUAAAACUAUAUCGAUCCGAAGUGAUAAAUGUCCAAUCAAAAAUGAACGAAAGAAAAUUGCAGUAUCCCGCUGCAGGGAAGGGUCAAAUUCGAAGAUGAAUAUUUCAUCUAUUUUAACUGACGUCACUAAAGAAGCAGAAAGCGUUGAAAAGCGCUCAGAAUUGUCAAAAAUGGCAAUAUCAAAUAUUUUAUCAAAUGAAACCCCUGAUAUUUUCCAAAAUAAUGAUGUAUAUCCUGAUGAAAGCGAUGGAAAUAACCAACACGGACCAAUGCCUUUUCAGUAUGGGAACGGAAGUGUGGAAUCUUAUGAGUUUGAUAUUAUUGCUCAAGAAUCUAAUAAUAAUGAUGUAUCUCAAGAAAAUGAGAUGUAUGUACCAAUUGCCAAAGAGCAGAAUGAUAUGGUGGAAAGAAUUAAUACUCCAAAUGAUAUCGAGGACACGAUAAGGAAUCUAUGUGAAGAUAAAGAGACUGCGGAAGUUAAUGACGGUGUUCAAAACGAAUCCAAUAGAAAACGGGCCUUUGUUCCUAAUGCAGAAACAAUGAUGAAAUUGGAGUGGUCAUUAAAUCAUCCGGUAUUUAAAUUGGACGAAGACAUAUUUGGUGAAUCUACUGAUACGGAUUUGUCAGAUUGCUGUUCGAACUGUGCAAUGGAAGUAAAUUGA